CUAAAGGAAUGGAAUAUGACAGGAAAAAAGAAGAACAAUAGGAGAAAAAGAAGCAAAUCUAAACAGCACCAAGGCAAUAAAGAUCCCAAAACCAAGAAUGUUGGACCUGAGAAGGCAUCUCAAGAGCCACAGGGAAUAUAUGACUGCCAUCUGAAUGGAUGCUCUAAGGACAACUCUUGUAGUGGUUCUGCCAAUCAGAAACUGGAAGCUGCUUCUCUUGAGAACAAAGGCUCAGGAUUUGUAGAGUCAGCGCUGGUCUGUCCAGAAAUCACAGACAAAGAACGAGAACAUCAGAGAGUAUCUGUGGAAUUAAACCCAAAGACUAUGAAUGGAGUAGAACAGCACGAGUCUCUUCAGUCAUCAGUUCAACUCCAGUGUAACCUAGGCAGGCCAAAGUCAAAAUCUUCCUCAGUUAAAUCAUCCAGUGCUACAAACCAACUUGAAACAAAGACAGAUGAUUCAGUCAAAAAAAGAGGGCCGAACAUUGAAAAAUCAGUAAAAGACUUGCAGCGUUGUACUGUUUCUCUAACCAGAUAUCGUAUGAUGAUCAAAGAGGAAGUGGAUAAUUCAGUAAAGAAGAUCAAAGCUGCUUUUGCAGAAUUACACAGCUGCAUCGUAGACAAAGAAGUGUCAUUAAUGGCAGAAAUCGAUAAAGUUAAAGAAGAAGCCAUGGAAAUCCUGACUGCUCGCCAGAAGAAAGCUGAGGAGCUGAAGAGACUGACGGACCUAGCCAGUCAGAUGGCUGAAGCACAACUGUCUGAACUCAGGGCUGAAAUUAAGCACUUUGUGAGUGAACGGAAAUAUGAUGAAGAGCUGGGCAGGUCUGCCCGAUUUUCCUGUGAUACAGAACAGCUGAAGACCCAAAUUCAGCUCUGUGGAGAGAUUUCUCACCCAAAGAACAACUAUUCCUCAAGAACACCAUGUAGUUCAGUGCUGUCUUCAAUGGCCUCACAUGCAACAACUGGCAAGCAAAAUACGCACACACGCAAGUCCUCUAGUAAUGCCAAGAACUUUGAUAAUAAACCAGCCAGCCCUAAAGUACAAAGUCAUCUUUCUUCCAGUCCUACAGAAUCUUCUUCCCAAGGAAUCCCAACAAAUAAGCAGAAUGGGCCUUCUAGCCAGAGACGAAGAUUCAACCCACAGCACCAAAACAUCCGGCUCAAUGGAUCUCUUAAGUCACAAGGUGCCAGUAAUGAGGGAGAUCAAAAUAAUAAAGAGCAACACAGAAGACAGCAGCACAACAGCUUCAGAUCUAAAAAUAAAGGAGCUAUGAAAAAUCAAGAGCAGUCCACAACUACAAGGACCACAGAGAAUCCGACACAUUCGGAAAAGACCCGACGAAAGCAUCAUACACCAGACAGGCCUUUCCAAGGCAGUGUUGGCAGGGUGUCGCAAUGCAAUUUAUGUCCUACAAGGAUGGAGGUCUCUGCUGAUGCCACUGUUCUUUCAGUGCCAGCUGUGACUUUGGUGGCUUAA